ACUUUUACUAUCAUUAAUAAUCUACUCCUUAGAGGUGUUUAGUUACCACCACCCUUUUGUUUUAUGUCAUUGUAACAGUGCUAUCGACAUACACAUCUGCAUAUUUAAUCCCCAUCCAUUUUGAGUCCGGUGACGUCCUUCUAGGUUCAUCACCGCUACUCCUCCAACCGUUCUACCCAUGAACGCACAAGGAAACUCUUCAGAUCAGCCUCCAGCCCAACCGGUCACCGGCCUGCAAUCCUCUGGUCUGACUGCUGCCCCGACAGCAAAUAUGUCCCUGGUGCCAGACCAGCCGUCUAACGGCAGUAGCUCUAACCAGAACAUGCCACCAGAUCCUCAACCUAAUACCCCCAAUCCACAAACAGAUGCUCCCAAUCCACAAACGCCAAAUGACCCACCCGUCGACAACAGCUUCACACGGAGUAUUCAUAACCUCCUUCGGCAAACGGCACAGCGGUUUCGUGGGGCCACUGGUCCAUCCACCGAAGAGUCCACCGGUACUCUGCACCCAUCCGUUCGUGAGGACGACUCAAGUGCCAUUGUCAUCACUAUCAACUACUUGUUCUCAGACGAAAAUAACCCAUCCAACCCCAACCGGUCCGGAUCUCUUGUGUUGACGCUUCCCAACAACUCCUCGACUCGGAAUCCCCGUACCCUCGACGAAUUCAUUCUGCUUGCUACACAAAUGGCCUAUUCGACCAUUGUCAACGGACUUCAGAAAGAGAAAAAGGGGUUGACCACAGAACGGUUCAUGUCGUUCCCAUUCAAAGGCUUGGACGAAAUUGAGGAACGGGACUGUUCUAUUUGCCUUGAAGCUUUUGAGGAGCCGGUAGUUUCAGACAUCGGACAAGAACCUCCUGCCAAAAGAAGACGUGUGGAUAAGUCUUCUUCGGUGCCAAUAUUUGCAUCUCAAACAUCUUCUGACUCCCACGGAUUUGCGGUUAGGUACCUAAAGGAUAUGACCGAAGAGCUCGGACAUCAACCGGUGCAGUUGCCCUGUAAACAUGUGUUUGGUCGGCUGUGUGUUUGUGAAUGGCUCAAAAGUCAUGUGACAUGCCCCUUGUGCCGGGAGGUUGUUCUGAAGGAUGAAGAUGAGUCUCAACCGCCAGUUGAUACUGACAUGGCUCCUGGUGAUGAUUCCCAGUUUGGAAUUCUCAAUACCACCUUCGCCGGGCCCAACGUGCGAGUGGUAACGAGAACUGGCCUUGACCAAAUCAGGUCCAUGGUAAGUGCCAGUGCCGCCAGAAGAGCUGUGUCCACUAUGGGCAGCCCUUCACCACCGGCUCCCACUGACCCCUCUGAUGAAUCAAGAGCUACUGCUUCGGGGCUAGACGAAAGCAAUGAACGUGGAAAUGAAAUCUACUCGCAAGUCAUUAACUACUUUCGCCGGUCAAUGCAAGAACCUUUGUUCCCAACUGAGGUUUCCAGCAGGCGGACAGCAGAUGGAGUUGAAACCACGUCAUCGGGGACAUAUAGUCGACCUCCUGGUUCUCUAGACAGUUCUAACACCGCCGUGUCUGCAUCGAUGGCCAUUCCCAUACUCAUGUCAAAUCUUAGGCCCACGACUGAGUCCCGGACUGAGGUGCAGUCUCAGACCCUGGCAACAGAGGAAGUGUUGGAUUUCUUGAACCUUCGAAGUCUCGCAGACGAUGCAAAUACAUCAGUUCCACCACCAGCACCAGUAUCAUCCACUAGAGAGUCGUCAUCGGGCUCCGGUCUGUCUGAAUCCCCUGCUGAAGGACCUACUCCCUCCGAGAGACCUGCAUCACCAGAGUGAACACACGCAUUAUACCCUGUUCUAUUAGCAUAAACUGUUCUAUCAUAGAUUACUGUAGUACAUACGCUUACCUCCCCUAUAUACAUAUAUGUGACUACUGAGCUACUGGUAAAACUUGGCGUACCGGGCCUUUUCAGUACGUUUCUUCUUCUCAAUCGAAUCCUCUGCCCGCUUCAAUUCUCUCUUAAUAGCCUCAUCGUUUGGCACAUACUUAGAUGCUUCCGUGAAAUCAUUAACCGCUUCUGAGAAUUGGUUCUUAGCGACAUACGCGAGUCCACGACGAUAGUGGGCCUUGGCCCUCUCCGCAGUGGAUGCUUUAAGGUCCAAUAAAUACAGGGCAAAGUCAAUUGCCCGUGUUGGCUCUCCUACUUGAAGGUACACAAGGGCCAUGUUAAGGUAGAGCUUCUUUCUCAAGUCGUAGUACUUUUCAUACCACUGAGGUUCCUGCUCAUCAUCGGGAAUAUACUCCAUCACGUACCGCAAACAUUUGUGGUAUUUGAACAAAGCAUCCUGCUUGCGGCCCUGUUUGAGCAACAAAGUUCCGCUUUCUUUAAUGAUGGUAGACGCAUUGAAUACCAGCUCCGACGAUUCCUUGUCGAUUUGCUCAUCGUCAUCAGGGUACUCUUCGUAGAUGUCACCACCGGUGGUAUCAGCACAUGAGUUGAACACGGGCACCGACAUCGACUCUUCCCAAAUACCACAGUCUUCAAUCACCACUUUUUCGUUCUCAGUAGGACAAUUAUUGGGGUUGGUGUUAACCUGCUCGAUCUGACGAACAGCCCACUUCCCGUGCACUACACGGCCAAAGACCGUAUGCUUUCCGUUCAAGUGACUUUGUGGGUGGGUGGUGAUAAAAAACUGCAGACCGUUGGCAGCAGCAUUGGCAUUGGCAGUGCACAACUUGAACAGGGCAUCGAGAGGUUCUUGUUGGUUUUCGAGCGGGAACAACUUCUCGCCAUUGACGGUAGAAAUGUUGGAGGUGCCAACAGAAUCAUCUGUGUAUGGUUUUCCAUCCACACAGUUCACCACAUCUCCAGCUUGGAUCAUAAAGUUCUUGAUCACUCUGUGGAAGUAGUUGUGUUUGUAGGUGUAUCCAUCAGUGUUUGUGCACAAGUUGAUAAAGUUUAGGGCGGCCAAUGGUGCCAUGUCCUCAAAGAGUUCAACCACUAUACGGCCGGCCGGCUUGCCGCCGAUGGACACAUCCAUGAAUGCUUGGGUACGCACUGGCUCUACCUUCAUGUUGCAAAUUUGU